AUGUUGUGUAUUUCGUCCUUCCUUUCUUUGUACCUCUUUUCAUUUUUGAAUUCAUUAGCACGUGACUGUAAAGCUCGUCUUUGUUUGCAAAUUGUGUCUUUGUCUGCAAAUUGUGCAGAAAUUGCAAAUGGUUGUCUUUUGCAGUCGUUGUCGUUCGAUAGUCACACCAUUUUUCGUAAUGCAAUUGGUAUUGAACAGGUUGCAAUGUGA